AUGAGCUCUUAUGUGGAGGCGCCUUAUUUCUCUUCCCCAAGCACGCCGUCACUCAGCAGCGCCGUGCUGCGUGCCAUAGCCAAGGUCGAAAGCAUCGACCCUACGCCGGCAGCACUGCCACCGGAAAGUAACGAGGCACCUGACGUGCCGUUAACUCCGAAGCGAACGUCCGUCUACAUUCGCCGGCUCUUAGGCCUCGGAAGCACAUCAUCGAGUCGCAUUAUUUCGUCCACGUCGAAAUGGGAGGACAUUAGCGACUCGGACACCGUCUCUUCCAAACCCUCCGCGGCAACCGCCGCGAUCAACGGCCGCGAUCAUGCCACGUCUUCGGGACUUGCUAGAGGCUCAGCUGCCGCCGCCGCCGCUGCCGCUGCUGCUGCAGCAGCAGGGGGGGGCAGCGGGCUUAAGGGGAGGUCGCGGCGGGAGCGCAGCGUCUCCCCCGUUCCGCAAGGAAGUCGCCUAUUCGCGCCUACCCAGGCUUCUAUGGCAAAGGCGCGCGCCGCCGAUAGAGUCAGCGCCGCCGCCGCCGCCGCCGCCGCAAUGGGCGCCGGAAAGAAGGUGUACGAUGGCGGUGCCGCAGCCACCGCUGCUUCCGCUGCCGCCGCUGCCGCCGCCGCCGCCGUCGGCGCCGCCGCGACGGGCGGAAACUCCAGCCGCGUAGUCCCGAGCAGCUUGCUAGGACUGGACGGCAAGUCGACUGACGAACUGCUGACGGUUAUGCCGGCUGAGUUAACGUCCGCGCGCUCGCAAUCGCUGUCAGGCGGAAAAAAUCGCGGCAGCCGGGGGGACAAUGCGGGGAACUCCGCGGCAGGCGGAGCAGGCGCAGCAGCAGGCGGCGUUUCCGCCAUCCCCGCCCGAUCGCUCUCGACUGGUUCGGUUUCUACCGCCAUCAAUGCGGGAAGCGCGGGGAAAGGGGGAAAGGACGGCGCUUCCGCUUCCGUUUCCGCUUCCGCCAGUCGUCGCGGAAGAUCGACCGGACCAGCUGACCGGGAAGACAGCAGAUCAAGCGCAGGCGCAAACCCGCGCGGCCUCCGCGCGCCCGUCCCGAGCAGAAAGGAGCGCUUCCACCCGCACCGCUCCCCCACCCACCCUCCGUCCUCUAUGCCUUCCGCGCUUUCUCCCCAGUCGCGCUUCGCGCACGCGGAAGAAAGCCGCACCCCCGGCGGGUCGGGGAAGCUCUACGAGUUCUCCCCGCCCCUGGGAUCUUCCGCCAGUCUGCGCGCGGAAGCGGAUGUCCGCGGAGGAGCUGGCGCCAUCGGCGGAAGCGGAAGCGGAAGCGGAAGCGGGGGAGGGAGGCGUCCGGGGAGCGGAAUCGGAAGCUACGCUUUGCUCACCACGUCGAGCUCUCUCGAACUGCCUUCCGGUGGCGCGAAACCCGCCGGCAAUCGCGGCAGGCCCGCGGAUAGCGCUGACGUGUCGUCGCCCGACAUGAUUGCCGCGAUUGGCUCGCCUGCACGGAGCGCGUCGGGGAAGAGCGCGGCGGCUUCGGCCGUCAAAGCGCGGCUGUCCGCGAAAGGCGGCGGUGGGAGUGGCGGAAACCGGAUCGGCGCGGGCGUGGACGACAAACCCGCGGAGAUGUUUUCUCCCGCGCUAUCGUCCUCCCCCUCGCGCAUCCCUCUUCCGCGCAAGGCUCAGGCGCAGGCGCAGCUGGCGCAGAGGCAGCAGGCGGAACAAACGGCGGCGGCGGCUGCGGCGACCCGCGCGAGUGUGGUGGCGGCAUGGAUCGAAGCGUCCGCGUCGGCAGCGGCACUCGGAUCCAGCUUCGACGCAGCUUCCUCGUCGUCCCCCUCCUCUUCUCCGCUCACUGCCUCGAUUUCUCUCCCCGUGACUCGCGCAGCAACAGCGUCAGCAUCGGCAACAACAACGGCGGCGACGACAGCGGAGAAGAGUCGUUUCUCCGUCCCGGUGGUCCCCGCCGCAGGUGCCGGCUCUCCUGGCGCUCUCGUAGCUGUGGAGGAGGAGGAGGAGGAUGAAGGGCCGCUGCAAUUCGGAUGGCCGCUUAAAUCGCUAGACUGGAAGCAGCAGCAGGAAGAUAUGGCUUUGGAGGAAGCAGGGAAAGAGGAGGAGGAAGAGGAGGAAGAAGAUGAGGAGCAGGAUGAGGAGGAGGGGGAGAGCGAAGGGGAGCAAGCGGGCGGGGAAGGUGCUGCGAGUGUGCUGAGCAGAGGUGAGGGCGGGAGGAGUGUGAGUGAGCGCAAGGAGAGCGCGUGGCUGAGUGGGGAGUUGCAAAUCGGCGCUGCCAGCCCACUGCUUUCGCGCACUGUCAGCGGAGCAAGGGAGGAGGUAUCGGCAGAAGAAGAGGAAGAGGAAGAAGCGGAGGAAGAGGAGGAGGAGGAGGAAGAAGAAGAAGAAGAAGAGGAAGGGGAGGAGGACGAGGAGGAAGGAGAGGAAGAGGAGGAGGCGAGUGCACUGGUGAAUCCCGGGCAGGGGUCUGUGAAGGACAGGUCUGUGAGCAAGCUCUCAGAGCAAGCAGCAGCAGGAGGAGGGGAUGUGAAGGUAAAGGGGGUGGCGGUGCAGGGAGCAGCAGCAGUGCAAGGCGCUGCUGCAGCGCUGCUGGAUGCAGUGGUUCCGGGUGGCAAGUCUUGGCUCAUGCUGGGAAAGCUCGCAGGUGGGAGUGAGAAUGCUGGUAGACCUGCCACCGCCGCCGCUGCCGCCGCUGCUGCUGCUGCUGCUGGUGGUGGGAUGGGGAGUGGCCGGAAUGGUUACAAUGGUAGGUCCACUCCUGGCCCUGCUUCUGCUGCUGCUGCUGCUGCUGCUGCUGCUGCUGCUGCUGCCACUGCCACUACCACUGCCGCUACAACUGCUACAGCCGUGGCUGAGACUCCUAGGCGGGGAGUCCCGGGGGGGGUAAAGCCUACCGUGCCCACUCCCCCUGCGCGCAAGCCAGAACAGAUGCCUCCUGCUGGCGCGGCAGCUGCUGCUGCUGCUGCUCAGCAGAGGCAGCAGCAAGGAAUCAGUAGCAGCAGAGGUGGCGGUGAUGGUGGUGGUGGUGGUGGUGGUGGUGGUGGUAUUGCAGUGCUUGGAAUCACUCUCUCCUGCCCCUCACCUGCCCCUCCUCCGGGUGUUCGCCCAGACGACCCAGCGUGGAUUGCCGCAGACCAGGCAAGGCGGCAGGAGGAGCGACGGCAGCGCCGGCUUCUGUUCGAUGCAGUCAACGAGGCCUUGGGAAGGAGGCUUGGGCCGUUCCUGGAGGCGUCCCUGUGGCUGGCGGCGGUGCAGCAGGUGCCGCUGGUUCGGCCCAGGCCUGAGGGGCAGGCUCUGCUGCUGGAGGUUUGGGAAGAGGUUCACGACUGGCCGGUUCCUGCUUCGGAUGAGGUUUAUGAUAUUCUGGACGAUGCUGCGAGGAGGGAUAUGGCCCGAGGGCUGGAUAAAUGGGCGGAUACGAGUACUGAGGCUUUAAUGGCUGUGUUUUCACUUGAAGAAAUGGUGAUGGAGCAGCUUUUGGAGGAGAUUAUGGGGGAUUUGUCUCAGGUGGAGAAGGCACGGCGGGGGAAGAGAGGCGUGAUGAUGAUGGGACCGGCGUGGAGGCAUGGGCGGGGUGUGGGAGGGGGUAUGGGUAGCGGUGGUGGCGGGAGUGGUGGUUCGGGGAGUGGUGGUAGUGGUGGCGGUGGUGGUGGGAGUGGCGGCGGCGGUGGGUUUAUCCCGGAUGCCAACUCUUUGAUUGCAAUGAAGGGCCUACGGUGGCUCGGCCGGCGAUCGCUAUAA